GCAGACCUCCCAAUGGAGCCGGCAAGUAAUCCAGAGAAGAAUGAUGACAACAAUCACAAUGAUGCUCCAGCAAAGUGUAAUAAAAGAGGCCAGUGGGCCAACAAGAGGGAGUUCAUUUUGGCAAUAAUUGGAGAAAUUAUUGGUCUGGGCAAUGUUUGGAGAUUUCCGUAUCUGUGCUUCAAAAAUGGAGGAGGAGUUUUCUUGAUCCCCUAUGUUUUGAUCCUGCUCACCUGUGGAAUCCCCCUCUUCUUUCUGGAGGUAUCAGUGGGACAGUUAACUGGUCAGGGUGGGAUCACGUGUUGGAAGAGAAUAUGUCCUUUAUUUCAAGGUUUGGGCUACAAUAUGCUGAUAUCACUUUACAUGGUGAUGUAUUAUAUUGUCAUUCUGGCCUGGACCUUCCUCUACCUCUUCUCCUCCUUCCACACUGUGCUGCCCUGGGCCAGCUGCAACAACACCUGGAACACAGAGAACUGCAUCCAUAACCGUCAGAAUGAUUCAUUUUAUGGCCAAAUAAAUGAAAAUGCAACAUCUUCAGCAAAAGAGUUCUGGCAGAGGAGAGUCCUGGGAUUGUCUGGAGGAAUUGGGGAGAUGGGAAGUAUCCGCUGGGACCUGGCUGGAUGUCUUCUGCUCAGCUGGAUCAUUUGUUACUUCUGUGUCUGGAAAGGAGUCAAGUCAUCAGGAAAGGUUGUCUACUUCACCGCCACCUUUCCUUACGUGAUGUUGAUCGUAUUGCUGAUCCGUGGUCUGACACUGCCAGGAGCUGCCGAUGGAAUACGAUUUUACCUGUCCCCUGAUUUGACCCGUCUGACUGAUCCUCAGGUCUGGAUGGACGCUGGGAGCCAAAUAUUGUUCUCUCUAAUCGUCUGCCAAGGCUCCUUGCCAGCUUUGGGAAGCUACAACAAACACAACAACAACUGUUACAAAGACACUUUUGCCUUGUGCAUACUCAACAGUGUAACCAGCAUUGUUGCUGGAUUUGCAGUCUUCUCUGUCCUUGGCUUCAUGUCGUAUGAGUUAGGUAUCGACAUCUCAAUGGUGGCUGAAUCAGGUCCAGGUCUGGCAUUCAUUGCCUACCCUCGUGCAGUGGCCAUGAUGCCUUUACCUCAACUCUGGGCUGCAUUCUUCUUCAUGAUGAUAAUCUUCCUUGGAAUGGACAGUGAGUUUGUGUGUCUGGAAAGUUUGGUGACGUCCAUAUCAGACCUGUAUCCAUCCUUCUUUCUCACUGGUCAUCGACGUAAACUUCUUCUGCUCUGCAUCUGCGUUGUGUCCUUUUGUAUUGGCCUGAUUAUGGUAACUGAGGGAGGACUUUAUGUAUUUCUGCUGUUUGACUACUACGCCUGCAGUGGAAUGCCUAUUAUGCUUUUUGGCAUUUUGGAGUCCAUUUGUGUGGGAUGGAUAUUUGGUGCUGAUCAUUAUUACAAGAAAAUAAAAGAAAUGAUUGGCUACUACCCCUCGCCUUAUAUGAAAUAUUGCUGGAAGUUCUUCACACCAUUGGCCUGUGCAGGAACACUUCUUUCCUCUCUGAUCAAGUUCACCCCUCUGAAAUACAACAACACCUACCAGUACCCCUGGUGGGGCCACGCCAUUGGAAUAUUUUUUGUUCUCUCUUCAGUACUCCCGGCUCCUCUGAUGCUUCUCUAUUGUAUGGCAGUAACCGCAGGAACAAUGACACAGAGACUGAAAGCUUUAUGCACUCCAGCAGCCAACUUGUGUGAUACACCACCAAAGAAGACUCUUGACCCUGAAACACCUCCAUCAGAUUCAGAGCUGUGUGCUUUAUCCGAAACACCUAAAAACUGACACUUCUGAAGGCAAAGACCUCACCAAUGCAGUGCUCACCUGUAUUCAGAAAAUUGUCACAACAUUGUCCGAAAUUAUGUAACUUUGUUUCUGCAUUGUGUAUGCCAUUCAUGUGAAUGCCUCUCG